CCCUUGACAACACAAAGUGAGACACUGCAUUCACUUGACAACUUAAAUCAACGCGAGUAGGACGUGUGUUAGGAGGUCUUAAAAAAAUUAUUUUUUAUGUGUGUUUAGAGACUUGUUAUUUUAAAAAUGUUCAAAAACACAUUCCAAAGUGGCUUCUUAUCAAUACUUUACAGUAUUGGAAGCAAACCAUUGCAAAUAUGGGACAAAAAGGUACGGAAUGGUCACAUAAAACGUAUCACAGACAAUGAUAUCCAGUCACUAGUAUUAGAAAUUGUUGGAACAAAUGUUAGCACAACAUAUAUCACAUGUCCAGCAGAUCCAAAGAAAACGCUUGGUAUCAAAUUGCCAUUCUUAGUGAUGAUUAUAAAGAAUUUAAAGAAAUACUUCACAUUUGAAGUUCAGGUACUUGAUGAUAAAAAUGUCAGAAGACGGUUCAGAGCAAGCAACUACCAGAGCACAACGAGAGUAAAGCCAUUUAUUUGUACUAUGCCUAUGAGAUUGGAUGAUGGUUGGAACCAGAUUCAGUUCAAUUUGUCAGACUUUACCAGAAGAGCAUAUGGAACAAACUACAUUGAAACACUCCGUGUACAGAUCCAUGCAAACUGCCGAAUCCGCCGUGUCUACUUCUCAGAUAGAUUAUAUUCAGAAGAUGAAUUACCAGCAGAGUUCAAGCUUUAUUUACCUGUGCAAAACAAAAAAUAAUAACCUCACCAUAUUCUUUUACCAUUUUGAUCAUUGUAUAUACCUUGGAAAAUCUCUACUCAAGGAUUUGUUUUGGAGGAAAAUCCUCAAAUUGCCUAGAAGAGAAAAAAAAGAAUUUAACAUCCAGUAGACUUAUUUGUAAUCAAAAAUGACAAAGCAAUAUCAAGAAAGUUAAUUGUUAUAUUUGUUGCCAGAUACACAGUUAUUGAUUGAAAUUAAACAUUGCCUUAUGAAGAAUAUUUGUUUAAGUGUUCAGUUAGUGAUAUCUAGAGUACUAGAAGGUUUGUGCGUAUUUAACAAGGGUAUAGUUGUACUACACCAACUAUAUUGUGCUAGAAAAUGGGACAGAAGUUUCUGUUGUUUUUGAUAGUUAUAUGAUCUGAUUUAAAUUAUGUUGUCUGCUGAUUUCUAGGGCCAUGUGCUGAUUGUUUGAAAGGGCAAGUUAUGAAUGUGCUGUGGAAUGAGUAGGCAUGUAAUAGUAGGCAUGUAAUUCCUCGUUAUGUGAAAGAAUACAUGAAACAAAUUAAAAAAGCAAUGUCAUGUUGAGCUGUGUUAACAAUGGAUAGUCAAUGUUUUAUGUCUUAUUUUAAAGUUUUUUUAUAGGACAUUCAUUUCUCAUGUUUAAGUCUUGUAGUCACUGAUUUUGAAAUAAGACAUAGUACAAUGUUGAAAUCAGCAAAUAUUGUAGUCCGUUCUAAACUUUAUACAGUAAAACCAGACUUGAUUAAUGUUUUUGUUAUGUAAACGAGCAUCAUUAUCAUUUUUGAAAUUCAUAUCAAGGUACUUGUCAGGAAAAGCAUUUACCAGACUUUGACUUUCUGUUUAGAUAUUAUGACAUUCAGUUGCAAUAUCAUUAAAUUAGUUAAUGUUUAAUGAUUUGUUAUUAAAGUGUUUGUAUUCCAAAGUGGUUAAAAGUUUACCAUAUGAUUUAAAAGUAAAUGUUUUGUCAUUAAAGUUACACUUUCGCAUUUUAUUAUUCUUUGUACAUAAUAUACAUCAUAGAAAAAAUAAAAAAAUUGUAUUAUUA